UUUUUUUCUAUUUUUAAUUGCAGAUAAUUAGGAUUUUUGGGGGUAAAAAUAUGUCAAUAGCAACAGCAACCAAACAACUAUCACAAGUCAUUCACAAUCCAAAUAGUGAACAACGUGCCAGGGCACUCACACACAACGAAGCACAAAAUAAUCGAAAAAAAUCAAUAGACCCAACAAUAGACAAAAGUCAAGUAGUGGAACACGUGACAAAUAAAGUAAUCAAAUCAAAACAAUUGCUAAGACAGACACCUGUUGCUACCAUAGAGGCGGAAGAGAAACCGAAAGAUAAAAAGGCCAAAUCACAAAGACAGGAAAUAGAGGAUAUAACAGUUAAAGAAUUAGAGAAUAACUACUCAAAUGAGCCAGGGCAGGACGAUGAGGGUAAAGACUAUCAAAUUUAUCAGGAUGGUAAAGUGAAUGACUUUUUCCAAACAGAAAUGUCGGAGAAACCCAAUAAGAUAUCAGAUAUUUGUUUGGUAAAUGAUCAUUAUAUUUUGGUUAAAAUGCCCCAGCAGGAAAAUACAAAAACGAAUAGUAAUUUAGCUGAAGCAGCAGCUCGUCGCAAGGAGUUUAGAGCCUUAAAGGAGCACAAUGAACAGAUUUUAAAACAAUGUGAAACUGAUAAUAAGAAAUUGUGUCGUUAUUUAAGACGCAAUCGAAAUUGUGUAACAAGAAUUGCUCCCAUUAAUGAGGAACCAGAAGACUUGAGCGAUAGCGAAAAUAAGCCUAUAAAAACAAAUUCCAAAUUAUAUUGUCUGAAAAUGCAAUCCUGUUGGCAAAACAACAAUGACCAGGAGUCAGAAACUUAUCACACGGAAACCAAAAUUAUUAAAACUAUUUCAAAUUCCUCCCCAGUAUCACCCUGCAAUCGGCAGAAAUGUUUAUCUAAACCUCUCACUCCUACAUGCCAUGAAAGUCAAAAUUCACAGAAUAUACAAACCAUAUCAGAAACUAUACUAAAGUCUUCCCUACAACAUCAGAUAUCUAUACAAAGUUAUGGUGCCCUUAAAGAUACCGAGAAAAGCAAUAAAUUGGAAAUGAUUAAUAGUCCACGUCGCAGAAAAUGUCCACGUUUUGAAAGUUUCUAUUGGCUAUUGCGACCCUUUCGUGGUAAAUAUCGCAAAUCCAAACCGAAAAUACAGGCUGUUGUGUAUAAAACAUAUUUUGUUAAAUGGACCAAACCGCCCGAUACUCUAAAUCAUGGUUAUGGCGUGAAAUCGUCCAAGUCUUCGGAUAUCGAAGUGUCUGUUUUAAGACGCUGUCGCUCAGCUAUAUUUUGAUGUCAUAACUAAUAGAUCUUAUUUUAUAUACGCACAUGUAUUCUUACGAAACGUAAGAGUAAAUAUUUUUUUAAUAAAUCUCAGUAAUUAA